AAGCGCCCUCCCCGCCCCGCGCGGCUCCCACAGGUUUGUCUGUCGGUUUGGAGCACUGAUAACCACAGAACAUUUACACCGAUGUGAGUCCAGUGACUAUGUGUCAUGUCCCUGUUGCUGUGACGUUAACUUCGCAGCUGUUCUUUGUAACCCUUCACAAAGUCUCAGGGUAGAAAAAGGACAAAUAUGUACUAAAGCCGCUGAUUAAACAAUUAGGGUGAAGCAGCCUGUGUUUGUCAAUGAAAAACUGGGAGGGAACGGUAGUGUCAGCUGCUUCUCCCGCGCGGCUAAUGAGCGGGCUUAAUGUGAGCUGAGCAUGCUCAUUAAUAACAACAGAGGCUGCUUCUCUAAUCAGGCUCCUGCUCUCACAAUCUUUCCCCUCUCUCCGUGCAAAAUACCGGGAUAGACAGACGGAGUUACGUAAUAGUCUGGUGAAGCUACAUUGGGCUGCGGUAUCCAGGACCCCUCGCUAUGGGCAGCCAGGAAGCAGAGACCCAGGAGACUUUGCAAACCCCAGUUCUAGAAAAUGGCAGACCAGAAGUUCCAUGUGAAGGCGCAAGUAGGUUUACCAGAGAUCAGCUCUUCACAAUGGCAGCAACAGCUUGUUUAAACUUCAGUUCAAUGAUUUGCUAUUCGAUCCUGGGACCCUUUUUUCCAAGAGAGGCAGAGAAAAAGGGUGCCAGUGAUACAGUUGUUGGACUGAUUUUUGGAUGCUUUGCUUUAUUCAAUUUCUUGACUUCUUUAAUAUUGGGCAAUUAUCUUGUACAAAUUGGAGCCAAAUUCAUGUUUGUGGCUGGGAUGUUUGUCUCGGGAUGUGUUACAAUUCUGUUUGGUUUGUUGGAUAGAGCACCUGAUGGACCAGUAUUCAUUGGUUUGUGUUUUCUGGUUAGAGCGAUGGAUGCCAUAGGCUUUGCUGCAGCAGUGACGGCAUCGUUUUCUAUUCUUGCAAAGGCUUUUCCCAAUAAUAUAGCUACAGUAAUGGGCAGCCUUGAAAUUUUUACAGGGCUUGGACUAGUGCUGGGCCCACCUAUAGGUGGCUUUUUGUAUCAGUCCUUUGGCUAUGAAGUCCCUUUCAUAGUGCUAGGAUGCUUAGUGCUGAUCCUGGUGCCUCUGAACAUGUACCUCUUACCAAAAUAUGAUGCAGUCGCUACCAAGGACUCAUUCUGGAUGCUCAUUACUCUGCCAAAAGUUGUACUUCUCUGUUUUACUAUAUUUUCACUAAGUGCAUGUUUAGGCUUUUUGGAUCCCACCAUGUCACUAUUCGUUUCAGAGAAGUUCAAAGUACCAGCUGGUUAUGUGGGGUUAGUUUUCCUAGGUUUGGCACUUUCCUACACCUUGUCUUCACCAUUGCUUGGGUUUCUAAGUGAUAAAAUGCCACACCUAAGGAAAUGGUUGUUGGUCUUUGGGGGCUUACUGACCGCACUGUCGUUUUUCCUGUUAGGACCUGCUCCCAUCUUGCACAUUGAAAGCAAACUCUGGAUGUUUGUCCUAAUGCUGGUUUUGACUGGCUUUUCCCUUGGGAUGUCUGGUAUCCCACUGUUCCCUGAGGUGCUGCAUUGUGCUUAUGAGAAUGGAUUCGAGGAGGGGUUAAGUGUGUUGGGACUGGUGUCUGGGCUUUUCAGUGCAAUGUGGUCACUUGGAGCUUUUGUAGGACCAACAUUAGGUGGAUACCUAAAUGAGAGGCUGGGGUUUGAAUGGGCUGCCACCAUACAAGGAGGAUGGGUGUUAUUAAGUGGACUAGCUAUUGGAAUAUACUAUAUCCUAGAGGCCUCACGAAGAAGAAGAAGAACCAAUUUGCAGACCCCUCUGGGCACAAAUGAAGAAAGAGCACACCUGUUGGCUAGUGAGACAUAGCCAGGAAUACUUCUGGAUCAACAUUCUUUUUUUUUUUUAAGUUAACUUAGUGAUGAGAAGAGUGGACUUAACAUUCAAACAGUGUUGCGUAAUUCUAGAGCUGGGAGAAUCACAUCCCAUAAUGCAUAACAAAUUAUGGAUUAUUUGUAAUGGCAACAUAUUGCCAUAUUGCUGUUCUGAUGCUCUAUUUAAAUACUACAUGCCUUUCUUUUGGAUGUUCCUGCUAUGGAUUGGUUGAACUGGUAAAUCAAAUGUCAGCCUGCUUAUCUGUGUUCACAGUACAGUGCACUGAAGAGAGAUUUUGCACAAUGUGAAAAAAUUGUGUUUCAGAAUGUUCAUUUCUUGUACUUGAAUCUGCUGGGGACUAUCCCAGACCGUCUGUUACAUGUUUUAUUGUAAUGUGCAUUUUCCUUUUAAAAAAAGGAAAAGAAUAGUUAAAAUAUCAUAUCUGAUAACCUUAGCUGUUCAAAGGGAAUUUGAAAUAGUGAAAUGGUGAGCUUAAUGCUCUGUUAAAUAAAACCAAGUAACUUCUUAUUUCUAAAUUCUGUGAAUUUCUUUAGCCAAAUGAUAUUACAAGUGAGGGUGGAAAGGAAGCCAGCCAUCUUCCAUGUCCUCCUAUUAAACAUAGGACUGAGAAGAAAAGGCAAAUACUGGAGAAUGGGAGAGCUGAAUUUAUAUGCUGGGUCAUAUUCAGUAAGUACAGCAUUACAUAUGUUUAGACCAGGACUAAAUUUGACCCAUGAUGGAAAGGGAAUUUGGUAGAAUUAGAGUCUGCAUUUCUACUGGGUGUGUAGCCCAUAGGGCUAGCUUUAGUAUUUAUUUUGUUCAGCAGUAAUGCAAGGAACCUACAGGCCUGUAUCCUAUAAGACAUUGGCUUCAGCAGUUAGCUUGAGGUCUAUGAACUUAAGCCAUUUAUCUGUGCCAAAUGGUCACCCCUAAGUUUUGGGGAACUGAGAAUAGUGUAGAAGGGGGAAGUUUGUCCACAACAAUACCAGCCCACCACAGGAACUUGAGCUAACAUCAACUUGUGGAUGUCUUAGGAUGGGAACAUCUGCAGAUGUCUGAAUACAAGAGUGCCAUGGCAAUGAAUUGAUGUAUAUGAUAAGUUGAGAUCAUUAAUAUACUAACUUAUAGGAGAAGGGCAGCCCAACAUUAGUAGGUGAGGAGAUACAAAUAAAGAAGAGGGGAGAAACUUCUGCUGAAUAUGCAUGAGACAUAGUGGUGUCAGCUAACAUAAAAGUAUCCCAGUGAGAGGGAUAUGGUCAGAUGUACAUUCUGUAUUAUCUCUGUCUACCUUGCUGGGUUAGAGUAUUUGUGACUCUGCUAAAUGUAUUCAACUAUUGUAAAUACAGAAGGGUUCCUAAAGUGUGCGUAUUGCAUCUCUGCACAACGGAGUUCCCAACUAAACAGUAAUCUUAAUAAUACUGGACCUGAUCUUGGGACAAGAACCUGUCAAACCUCAGAGUGGUUCAACCUCAGAGUGUGAACUGGGAAUUCUUAAGUAAUCCAUAUAAUUAAUAUACAAUUGAUAGAUCAGGCUACACGUGCAAGUUGGGCCACUUACCCUUGCAACUAUAGCAGAGUUUUUUUCUUCAGUAUAUUAAAAGUGCAUGCAAGAUUCCCAUCUCAAAAAGCUCUGAGCUUAUAAUCAGGAACAUCCAUUCAGCCUCACUCCUUGACAGCAGCCAGGAGCAUUCUAAUGAUAAAUCCUUCCCUAAAUCUUGGAGGAACAGAGGGGCUUGGAAGGCAAAUAGAAGUGAGAGGAGUCAGUGCCAAACUCGAGCUCGACCUGCCAACAGCAUUUUUGCCAUAUAUCAAGAGGAUUUCAAGCACCAGCUGAUGACAACCGUGGUUAUUUCUUGGAAGAGGAGGAGGAGAAGAAAAAAAGGGGGUGGGGUGGGGGAGGGAAGGAUGUUGGUGUAUCUGUGCAGGGCUUUACCUAUAAAAUUCGUAUCCAUGUCCGAUCCGCAAACAUUGUCCACGGCUAUAAAAUGGAUAUCCACAGAUUUGCAGGGCACUAUGUAUAGGCCCACUUUACCUUUAGAUUUAUUGCUCUGCUAACACGACCCUGCAUUCCUUUCAUGGUUAGGUUUAUUCCUACAAGCUUUAACAUGACUUAUCUCCUUGAUAGAUGCAGAAACCUGGAAUUUCUUUGAUUAGCUUUAAACAUUGUUUAAUAUAAUUAGUUAAAUAUGUAUAUUAUAUUUCUGAGCAUCCUGCCUGUAACACUUUUGUAGCUAUAUCUUAAUAUCAGUAAAAGUGCAAAUAGGUUUGAAAUAACUUUAAAAAUAAGUGACUGUGAUGGCUUUGUUCUACUCACUGCAGAUAGGUCUACUCCUUGUGGAGGUUCUGGGGAAUACCUCACUGGCUCAACACCCCUUCCUGUGGUUGCUUGCUGUCCCUCCACCUCUCUCUUUGUCUGCAACCCCCCUCUUGCCCCAUGCAGCCUCUUCAUGAUUCAACUCUGCAGCUAAAUCACUCAGUGUUCCCCCCCGCCUUCCAGGGUUUUACUCAAAGUCCUUCUGCACAAAAAGUCCCAGGCAGUCUUUUCCAGCACUGUCCUGAUGGUGCUACUUCCCCAGUGGUGGGUACAGGAACCUGGGGCCACCCUCUACUCUGACUUCCAGUCCAGGGACCCUCAACCCAAGCAUUUCUGGGCUUUCCUCUUACAGCUCUUACUGCUUCUUUCCUAGACUGCUUCCUACAACGCCUGGUUUUCCUCCUUUCCCUGAGUGUACCAGCUCCAAACCCUCCUCCCUCUUCCCAGGGAGUGACUGCCCUUUCCCAGCAGCAGCUUAUCUGUUACCAGCUUCCUGGUUUUAUAGGCCCACUGUUCCUGCACAGCAGAACCUGCUUGCAAUCAACUCCCUGCUCCCUGGCUCUUCUUCUAGGUACAGCCUAUGGAGUUAAUACCUGUCAACCUUAACCCCUUCCAGUCCUGUGUGGGAUGGACACCCUAUUACGUUAUAGUAAUUUUAUUAAUAUCAUAUUUUGCAUCAAUAUUGAGGUCUCUCUCCCACAAAUGUCAUCCUGAGGUUUCUUUUAGAACAGGAAACUGGAAUUUUACUUGUUCCAUUUUAGAAAACUUUUCUGAAACUUCAGAACUUUGUGUGGAACAGGAGUUCAUGUUUAUAGCCACAUCUACUAGUCAGACUUAGGGCGGUGUUAUACACCAUCCAAGCAUUCUGCAGGAUGAGGGUCUUACAUUGUAAGAUCUUCAGAACAGAAACUUAAUCAUGUUAACUUUGUGCACUUAGGUAGUCCCACUAAUUUUAUCUAGACUACAGAGCUGCAUUAAAGAGGAAGGGUGGUCCAAUGGUUAAGGUGGUAGGCUGUCACUCUGGAGAGCCAGGUUCAAUUCUCUGCCCUGUUAGAAAAUUGAUCUUGAUUAAAAAAAAACACAAAACGAUUUAGAUUGUAGCACAUAACCUGUUCCCUACAAAAACAAAAAAACUCUUUGUUCAGUACUUUAAAAUGGUUCCAGCAGUAAAAGAGGCUACCACUACUCUCUAUCUGCUACCAACAAUAAGAAUAGCAACUGUCAUAAACAGAUAGCUAAAGGUUAAUGUCUCUUUCACCUGAAGCACCUGACCAGAGGACCA